CUCAAACUUAAUAUACGUGUUCUGCACUAUUUUUUGAUUGAGAAACAAAAAUGAAUUUUGUUAUUGAUAUAGCAGGAGAUUCAGACAUCGAAGAUAAAAAUUAUGGCAAAGUCGAUAACGAGAAAACCUUAAUCAGUGAUAAAGAAAAACGGUUUAGUUUUGUGCAGGAACUGCUGAAAGAUUAUAAGGACGAUUUAAAGAAACAAAAUAAAAAGAAACCGAUAACACCAAAGCAAUCCUCAAUGACCGAUGAUUUUAUUAAAUCAAUGGGCUGGGUUGGAAAUCCAGAUAAACCUAAGCAAAAGAAAAAAAGUAAAUUUGAUGAAAUUAAUACACCAGAUGUGAGUGAGGUGUUAAAAAAAUCUGUAGUAACAGAAGAUUUUGAAAAACUUUAUGCAGUCCCUAGGUAUGAUGAAUCUGAGAAAAAAUUAAAGGAACAAAGAAAGAAAGAAAGGGAAAAAACGAAAGGAAAGAAAUGGUAUGGAUUACCUGCUACUGAAGUUACUGAUGAAGUUAAGAGUGAUUUAGAAGUUAUUCAAAUGAGAUCUGUUUUGGAUCCAAAGCAUUUCUAUAAGAAAAAUGAUUUGAAGGUUUUGCCCAAAUAUUUUCAAAUUGGAAAAGUUAUGGAUUCACCUUUGGAUUAUUAUAAUAACAGAUUAACAAAGAAAGAACGUAAGAAGACUUUAGUUGAUGAACUAUUGGCUGAUGCCGAAUUUAACAAAUAUAAUAAAAGGAAAUUUAUGGAAAUAAUAGAGGAAAAAAAGAAAACACAUUACAAGGCAUGGAGACAGGCAAAAAAAAUUAAAAAGAACAAGUAGUUUUAUAAAAAAUUUAUAAUAAUAAAAAUAUGUUAUUUUUUAAAAGCAA